AUGUCAACAGAGUUUAAUGAAUGGGAUUGGAAUAACACUGAUUGGAAUAACGGAUGGACAAACACCGUUUCACAAAACUUCAACAGGGCACCUCCAAAGGAAACUGGAACGGGUAGUCAUGUGAGUCAACUUAAUAGAGGACCCACUCAUGAAGGGUACGAGAAAGGUUGGGAUGACUGGACUCAGUCAAAUCAUGGUCAAGAGGUUCGAGGUCAUGCCUCAUCUAAUUUAUAUUCUACCAUUAACAACAAUAUGCUCAAUCAAGUUGAAAACCGGGAAAUAGCACCUCCUGACAAUAAACACAGUUAUGAAUCUUCUAAAUUUAAGUCAAAGCCUCCAGAAAUAUCUAAUUUUAACAGUCAACAUCUUAAUAACGUAACUCCAGCUUCUAAAGCUUUUCAAGUUCCACAUGUGCCACAGACAGGGACUAAACAGCAACAUAAUCAUAUCAAUGAUUAUUUUGAACCAAAAUCAGUUAAUCAAAAUUUAUCUGCUCAGCCAAAUCUAUUUUAUUCUCAACCAAUGCCAGAUGGGUAUAAUGCUCAGAUGGUCUCCUCAGGACCAUCGAGUUUCACUAAUGUAUUUCCAUCUCAUCAGCAGCAUAUGGAAAAAGAAGCGGGUUAUUCAUCAUUAGGUCACCAUGGAAAUACGACACAGACUUCAGUAAUGAAGCAAAUCCCUCCAAAAGAUGAAGUUAAUCAGAAUAUUGACAAUAGGACGAAACGAUUUACUCCUUCACCUCAACAAAGGAAUCCUAUUACACCACCUGUGCAACUGCCACCUCCUAAUGUAUAUCCUAACCAUCACAUCAUGGCACCUCCAGAACCUCAUGAUUCUGAUGCUGUUGUAAAAGUGAAUCCUAAUAUUGGAAAUCCCCCUUCUUAUCCAAUGGCUAAUAUGAAUAUAAUGGCUCCUAUUGCAACUAGUUCACCCAUAGCCAGUCAUAGUUCUCUGCUACCUGAAAAUCAAGAACGAAUCCCCGAUAAUCGGGAGUAUCCUGACAAUACAGAGAAUAUUGCUCAAGAUUUAAAGGCUCUCUCUAUUAAUCCUGCUAAAGAAGAAGUAGAACAAGAAACACAAAAACAUUGUGCAGUGGAUAGAAAUCAGUAUUUAGAAACAGGACAUUUUUCUUCAAGAAAGGAGAGUAAUACUUAUUUACAAAACACAGAAAUUAAUGAUGAAGGAGAAGCUCCUCCUCCUGGUCUUCAUCGAUUGGUAACAGGUCAAGGGUGUGAGCCUUGGAAAGUUGAAAUGGACAAUUGGUUAGAAAAGGAUGUCAAUCAAACUCCAGCAACUCCUUCUGUCCCUAGUUUAACCAGGCAUAGUUCCCCACUAUCUUCGAUUGGAGAAUCAGAAACAAGAGAUGAUGAUAAGGAAAGAAGAAGGGAAGUGCCUGGAGAAGCUGAGCCUCUUCAGGGAAGGGUGGUGCUAGGACAAGUUCCUACCCCUCCCCAAGAUGCGCCUACUGCAAGAGGAGAUAGAGAACGAGAGAGAUUAGAGAGAAUGGUUGUGGGUGAACAAGUGCAAAGUGGUGGCAACACUUCGGACGAUUAUAGACAAUCUGGGAGACAAAAAAGGCACCAAAGACAUCGCAGAGCUGACAGCAGUUAUGAAGAAGAAGAGCGAGAUUAUUCUAGUGAUCGUGAUAGAAGAAAUGAUGAUCAUCGUCGCCGUGAUGAUAGACCGAGAAGACGUCGAGAGCAAAGAUCUCCUGAGUAUAGAAGUGAUGAUGAGUAUGAGGAAAGAAGAGGAUUUCACCGUAGUGGAAGAGAAAGUCGGAGAACUAGAGAAUACAGUCCUGAUAGAAGUUAUUAUAGAGACUAUAGAGAUUACCGAGCUGAUGAUUCAAGAUCUAGUCGCCGAUAUUAUGGGCGAGAAUAUGAUGAUUAUUAUCGAGAAAACCAACGUUCUAGACCGUCUUCAAGGUCAGGGUCUGAUUACAGACAUCAAGUAAAACAUUCUAUGAGAAUGAUGCAUGGACAUUACUACCAAGACUCUUAUGCUGCUGGGCCACAUGCUUUUCAUGAUUAUAAUUUAAAAUAUUCUCAACGAACUGCAGAAUUUUUCGAAAGGAUGCGACUUUUAGAUCCUGCUGGUUAUGCUGCAUGGUAUUCUCAGUAUAUGCAGGGAAGGUUCGGGGCAGAAUCCUCUGGUCGUGCUUUUUCAAGUGACAGGGCCUCUGUUCAUUCAGGACAGAGCUCUUCCCAUCAAAGGCAGGGUAUAUCAACUCCUCAAGAAACAGUGGAUGAUCUUACGAGGGAAGAAGAAGUCGAUUAUACUCCUCGAUUGUAUGACAGUGCCCAUAUAAGAGGAAACAUGGAUGGACAAGGUCGCUUAAUUGUUGUAGAUCCCCAUUAUCCAUUAGAUAAACAACGAGCCACUGUAAAUAUAUGCCAUCUUUCACAGAUAUCACUUGACAGUGAUUCAGAAGACUUUUUCCAAAGUCCUGGUCCGUUUAUUCCGGGUGUAACUCACAGGAAUACAGUUCUUCAAUACCUCAAGAGAAUUUCAGACCGAUCUGUUAAGAGCUCUGAGAAACUCCUGUAUGAUCUCAUUCAUAUGACUGUUAAAGGAAAUGGAGAGGUGAAUGGAAGUGAUGUAGCUGAAUUAUUAAUGGAUAGUUAUAAAAAGUCCAUCCAAAAUGGAAACGAAUCUACUGAAGAUGCAGCAGGUCCUCCAGCUGUCUCUAGCAAAAAAGUAACUGCAAGAUUUAGGGAAUUACUUCAACAAGGAAAUAAAACUGAAGCAUUGGAUUGGGCAAUUGAUAAUGAUGCAUGGGGUCAUGCACUGUUUCUUGCUUCUAAGAUGGACGAAAGGACACAUAACAACAUAAUGUUGAGAUUUGCUAAUAGUAUACCUCAUAAUGAUCCUCUUCAGACACUUUAUCAGUUGAUGUCUGGCUUUGUUCCCCAAGCAGCAACGUGUUGUGCUGAUAAAAAAUGGUCUGACUGGAGGCCUCAUCUUGCUAUGAUUUUAAGUAAUCCUACUGGAAAUGUUAAUCUAGACAGACAGGCAAUUAUUACUUUAGGAGAUUCUCUCAAUGCCAGUGGAAGAUUGUUUGCAUCCCAUUUCUGUUAUGUCACUGCCCAAGUUGAAUUUUCUGAAUUUAGACCAGAUGCCCAACUGGUUUUACUAGGCUCAUCCCCUAAUCAAGAAUUUUCAAAAUUUGCUUCUUGCAGAGCUAUUAUGCUGACCAUGUGUUACGAGUAUGGUUUAAAAUUACGGCAACCAGCAUUCAGCAUUCCCACUCUACAGGUUUACAAAUUAAUUUUGGCUGCCCGCUUAAUAGACAGUGGAAGAAUCCGUAAUGCCUUACAGUAUUGUGAGCUCCUUGCUCAAGAAAUGCUUAGUGGUACAGCUCCUGUUCUGAAGUCAUUGGUCACAACUGUUAUUGAUUUCUCAUCAAGGUUGAAAAUGUUCGAUCCGGUGCUGGCACUUUCUGGAAAUACAGAUAGAGAUCCAGAUUGGCUUUCCAGCCUCAAACAGUUCUCAAGAAAUGUUCCAGAUGAAUACAGUCCUCGUAGUAAUAACUGUUCACCUCUGCCUAUUCCUGAGCCAAACCCAAACAAUGACUUUCUUCAAGAAACAUAUAAGGUUCCAGAUGAGCAGAAAACAUUGUAUAAUGAGCCUGUUCCCAUGAUAAACACAAUGGAGCAACAAGUUUUCCAGCCACCUCAAAUGCCUGUACCUCAGAAGUCUGGUCGUCAACAGUUUCAACCUGAAAUUACUGAAAAUGUUUAUCAUCAAGGCUUUGCACCACCUCCAUCAAUACCCUCAGGUUACCAAACAGGACAUGCGGUUAAUAAUGAAGUGCCUGGUCCCAUUGAAAUAUCAAGUGGAUCUGACCAGCAAUGGGGAGAACCAGCAAGAGCACAGCCUCCAGUUAUCCAACCUUCUGUGGAACCACAACAAGCUCAAAGAAACAGUUUUUUUAAAACAACCGAGGAACAGUUAAAGCUGAAUGAAGUGGGUGGUGAUAAGAAAAAGGACACUAAAGGGUCAGAAAACAGGGCAAAAAAUGAAGAACAGAGUGGUGGUUGGUUUGGAGGAAUUUGGGAAAAAAUUGCUAUGCGUCCCAAGAAUCAAAUGAGAUUGCCUGAUGACAGUAAUCCUUCGAUAAUUUGGGAUGAGCAGAAGAAGAAAUGGGUCAAUUUGGAUGGUGAAAGUGAAGGUGGUGGAAAUUUUAAACCUCCACCAAAAGUCACUGAAUAUGUCCCUCCUCAGAAUUCUAACAAAUAUAAGAUUCAGAAGGGCAAAUUAAUGAAGUCAAAUUAUGUGGACGUUAUGGGCAAUCCUGAUAAAAAUGAAUCAUUACCUCCUGCAAAGUUGGUGCCAAGUGUUCCCUCUGUCAUGAAAACGAACUAUUUCAUUCCUCCGCCAGUUGAGGGAAAUGAAAAUGCUCCAAUCGAUUUCAUAUCUCCAGCACCUGCUGGUCCUGUCUUGCCUGAUUCUUCUGAUAAUAGCAAACAACAGUUGCAAGGGAAUUCAAACCAUCCUACAGUGUACAACCCCUCUCGAUUCCCAUCUUAA